ACCGGAUACGUGUCACCUGAGGGGCGGGGCCCAGGUAGGUGCAGUAAACGCGGAAACAAAGAAAAACUGCACGAGAGAAACUUCGCAUAAGAACCAAAAAAAGCAAGAUUGUAUGCAGCUGGAGAAACACCUAUAACAUUUCCACUAUGGGCCUGUGUGACAGCCUCUCCCACUGUAAGCUGGCUCUGGCCUUUGCUGUGUUGAUGGAUUUACUGGGAGGAGCCACUCUGCUGGUGGGGGUCUUCGCUACCCUGGAGAUCAAUGGACAUGACUUUGGAGACUUACUGGUCUAUACUGGCGCUCUGUUCGUGGUGAUGUCUCUGGCCGGGUGGGUGUUGUGGUACAGCGGGAACAUCGAGGGCCUCACCUCUAAGAAGGAGGUGGGACACAUCGGCAGCGCCGUGGACCGGCUCGCUCGCAACCUCAGCCGCAAGAUCCGUGUGUACCGACACCACCGCUGAGCCCAAACAGGAAGUCUGGAUUAUUUUCAGAUUGAAAGUCUGCUUCUGCCUCUUUUGUCAGUGUUAAUAUGAGAUAGAAGCCACUGAAUCAAACUCUUAAUGUCCUAGUGUUACAAGCAUGUCAGAAACAUUUCAGUCAUAGAUGUGCACCGGCUGUGCUGUUACUGUUAUUGAUGGUGUAUUAUGAUUUAAUAUCUCUUUGUUUUUUUAUAGUAUUUGAAUAUCUGUAAAGCAGUUUAUCCUAUUUGGUUUAAAUAAACACUUUUUGAUACAUUA